AUGGAAUAUAAUCUGAAGAAGGCAAUACGGGAAGUACCAAAACGACUGAAGAUGAACGUCGACGAGAGAGAAAGUAAACUACAGACAAAUAUAGAACAGGUCCAGGGAGACGUGGAGAAGACGGAAGAAGAGCUAACAAAAAAGACAGAAGAAGAUGUUGAAGAAAAUAGAACCGAAAUGGAAGAAAAGAUCACCGAAGUGAUGCAGAUGCAGAAACAAUGCAACAACGUGGUUGAGAAGAUAGAAGAAGAUGUGGAAGAAAAUGGAACCGAAUUGGGAGAAAAGAACAUUGAAGUGACGCAGAUGCAGAAACAAUGCAACAACGUGGUUGAGAAGAUAGAAGAAGAUGUUGAAGAAACUAGAAUCGAGAUGGGAGAAAAGAUCACCGAAGUGACGCAGAUGCAGAAACAAUGCGACGACGUGGUUGAGAAGAUAGAAGAAGAUGUGGAAGAAAAUGGAACCGAAUUGGGAAAAAGGACCACCGAAGUGACGCAGAUGCAAAAACAAUUGGCAGUAAAUCUGAGAAAUGCUGUAGCCAUGCAGCGAGAAGAUGACCAGAGGGAUGCAAUCGAAGGUGAGGCCUUCACGUGUGGAAUCAAGAGGAAGAGAGAGACUACGGAUAAUGAUCAGUUUGGAAGAGAAUUGUUGAAGGAAUGCUGGCCCAAAGGUCGUCAGUGUACAACACUUGAGAACCCACUACGAUGCAGACCACUUAGUAAUGGGAAAGGAACGUCAGAAGAAAUUGCCAAGCAUUCAUGUAAAUUGAACGAGACUUUGGAACGACCACUGAGUGACAACGUAAUGGUAUCUGCAAUAAAAAGAAGAUUGAAUCAGAAAAGACAAGGAACCGUAUCCAGGAGCCCAAUUAAAGGUAGAGAGGCCUUAAUGAAGAUACUGGAGCAGUUGGAGUCUAUUAGGUCACAGAAAUACAAGCAAGCUAAUGAUCGAAACAGAGAAGGGAGUAAUGACCCAAGGAUUCAUAUUAAUCAUUCGUCUGAUUUCCGAGGAAGAGGAGGAGGGACCAAUAAACCGAAUGACACUCCAGAUGAGGUCCGGUCUAGAGUGAGGGCUAUAAUGACCCAAAAUAAACAUGCUAGGACAUGGUUAGGACAAUUAGCUGUAAAAUGGACAAUUGAAAGGAAAGGGUUUGUUUACAUUUGUGCUUUGUGUUAUAUUACAGUUAGAGUUGCAUAUUUCAUGUCAAAGACUAUCUCAGAAUGA